CAGAACAAAACUAUACUUACUGGCCAUUUUUUCUCUCCCUCACUCUCUCUCUCCUUCUUUUCUUCUAAACAUAUUAUAUAUACCCUCAUAGCCACAUACCAUAAAUCUCUUCAAAACAAUUCAGGAGAAGAGAAAAACCAAUAUUACUAUCUCAUAAUCUUCUUCUUCCACCUCUUGAGCAGAGUACGGACCCGCUGUAGUAACAGUUCUCGGCACCAGCCAUGUCUGCCAAGGACUGUGGGAACCAUGGGCACAGCAAGAAAAAGAUGAUAAGGAAGAUCAUCUGGGCGAUCAUAGUUUUCCUAUUCAUCGUCCUGGCGACGAUUCUCUUGAUCUGGGCCAUCCUUCAGCCCACCAAACCUCGGUUCGUGUUGCAAGACGCCACCGUUUUUGCCUUCAACAUAACGGCGCCAAACUUUCUCACAUCCAACUUCCAGGUUACCAUCUCCUCUCGCAACCCAAACGAUAAAAUCGGUAUUUACUACGACCGACUGGAUAUUUACGCGACCUACCGCAACCAGCAGAUCACUCUGCGCACCGCUCUGCCGCCGGGCUACCAGGGCCACAAAGAGAUCGACGUCUGGUCACCCUUCGUUUAUGGAAACUCCGUCCCCAUCGCUCCUUACAAUUCCAUGAGCCUCAGCCAGGAUCAGAACGCAGGCCUCAUCUACGUCAUGAUUAAGAUCGAUGGCCGCGUUCGGUGGAAGGUCGGCGCUUUCAUCUCCGGCCGGUACCAUCUGUACGUCAAGUGCCCUGCGUAUAUCAACUUCGGUAACAAGCCUCCCACCUCCGGCGUCUCCAUCGGCGUCAACGCCGUCAAGUACCAGCUUUUACAGCCCUGCACAGUCAGUGUUUGACGGAAUACUAAAGCUGAGAAACUCUGUUAGACUACACUAUCCUGGUGACGCCGUCAAGUAUCUGUUUAGUCAUGCAGCACGGAUAUUCAGUAUUUCUCUUUUAUCUUCAAAUCUCUCUUCUCUCUAUCUUUUUCACGCCGUUAAUUUUUCUUUUUUUUCUUUAAUUCCACAAAUAUUAUUUUUUUUUUAAAUUUUCAGACAAAGGGCCUAGAAAGUAUGUGGAUGAAGAAUUGUACAUUUUGCUAUAGAGAAAAUAAAUGGGUGAAAAAGAAAAAAAAAAAAAAA